GUGUAUGCUGCAAGGAACAUAGCGAAGCUGAAAUCGAGAAACGAUGGAACACGAAGACGAAACUAUCUACAAUUCCGGCGACUCUGCAAGAUCUGAACCCGAUUACCACGUCUCCCCCGAAUCAAAUGGCUCCGACUGUGAUACCGAAGAUGAAGAAAUUCAGGCUCCCCGUUUGGCUCCGCCGCUUAACCUCCGACGGAAGUCGCAAAACGUAGCGGCCCUCGUGAGGGGAAACCUGGAAGUGAAUCGGCAGUCGCUAUUUCCUCGAGUUUAUUCUGUGGUGGGUUCAGAGGCCACCAUAAGAAAGCCCUUUAAGCCUCCUUCCUCCUUUGGAUACUCUGAGAACAAAGAGCAGCUGGCACGCCGGCUUUCUGCUCGCAAGCGGUUUGUGCCAUGGGGGUCCACGAGGCCUGUUCUAGUCCACAUCACGAACAGUUUUAGUACUCCCAUGACUGUUGAGAACGAUCCCGAGGAAAGUGAAUCACUUCCCCCAGAAAUUGAACCCUUGAUGUUGUGGCAGCCAGAAGAGGCCAAGGACCAAAGUGAUGAAUCUUUUAUAAUUGUAGAUCCCCUGCUUGUGAAGUUUCUCAGACCCCAUCAAAGAGAAGGUGUGCAGUUCAUGUUUGAUUGUGUUUCGGGUAUGCUCAGUGCUGAAAACAUCAAUGGAUGCAUUUUGGCUGAUGAUAUGGGGUUGGGAAAAACCUUGCAGUCGAUCACACUUCUGUAUACCCUUCUUCGUCAAGGAUUUGAUGGGAAACCAAUGGUUAAAAAAGCAAUAAUUGUGACUCCUACUAGUCUUGUGAGCAACUGGGAGGAUGAAAUCAAGAAAUGGGUCGGGGAAAGAGUUAAGCUUGUUGCUCUUUGUGAGAGUACCCGGGAGGAUGUUAUCUCUGGAAUUGAUAGUUUUACUAGGUCCCCAAGUCCUUUACAGGUAUUGAUUAUUUCUUAUGAGACAUUUCGAAUGCAUUCUUCAAAAUUCAAUCAAAAUGGAUCCUGUGACCUACUCAUAUGCGAUGAGGCUCACAGGCUAAAGAAUGACCAAACAUUGACCAAUCGAGCACUAGCUUCUCUAUCGUGCAAACGCCGCAUUUUGCUCUCCGGCACUCCGAUGCAAAAUGAUCUGGAGGAGUUCUAUGCCAUGGUUAAUUUCACAAAUCCAGGAGUCCUGGGUGACGCUUCAUAUUUUCGGCGAUAUUAUGAGAUGCCAAUUGUUUGUAGUCGAGAGCCAACAGCUACUGAAGAAGAAAAGAGACUUGGCUCAGAGCGCUCUACAGAACUAAGUGCAAAAGUAAACCAGUUUAUAUUGCGAAGGACAAAUGCAUUACUAUCUAACCACCUACCACCCAAGAUAGUUGAAGUAGUGUGCUGCAAAAUGUCGCCACUCCAAUCUCAGCUCUACAGCCAUUUUAUCCAAUCAAAAAAUGUCAAAAGAGCAAUUUCAGAGGAAGCAAAGCAAGCAAAGAUCUUAGCAUAUAUAACUGCUCUUAAGAAGCUCUGCAAUCACCCAAAGUUAAUAUAUGAUACAAUUAAGGGUGGUAGCCCGGGAACAUCAGGAUUUGAUGAUUGUUUGCGUUUCUUCCCACCAUCAAUGUUUUCUGGAAGAUCUGGAUCCUGGACUGGUGGAGAUGGGGCAUGGGUUGAGCUAUCCGGAAAAAUGCAUGUAUUAUCCCGGUUACUGGCUCAGCUUCGUCAAAAAACAGAUGAUAGGAUUGUUCUAGUUUCAAAUUACACUCAGACAUUGGAACUUUUUGCUCAAUUAUGUCGUGAAAGAAGAUACCCAUUCCUACGACUUGACGGGAGUACAUCAAUCAGCAAAAGACAGAAGUUGGUUAAUCAUUUUAAUGAUCCUUCAAAGGAUGAGUUUGCAUUUCUCUUGAGUAGCAAAGCUGGUGGGUGUGGCCUCAAUUUAAUUGGUGGAAAUCGACUGGUUCUCUUUGAUCCUGAUUGGAAUCCUGCCAAUGAUAAACAAGCUGCUGCAAGGGUCUGGAGGGAUGGCCAGAAGAAGAGAGUCUACAUCUAUAGGUUUUUGAGUACUGGCACCAUUGAAGAAAAGGUUUACCAGCGUCAGAUGUCAAAAGAAGGUCUUCAAAAAGUUAUUCAACAGGAGCACGUAGAUUCGGAGAUGGGAAAUCUACUUUCAACGGAAGAUCUACGCGACCUGUUCACGUUUCAUGAGAACACAAGUUCGGAAGUUCAUGAAAAGAUGUGCUGCAACCGCUGUAGACAAGAAGAAAUGAUGGCUGAUAGCAAUCUCGCACCUGAGUGCACGAAUGGGGGCUGCCAAAUUGAUGAAGAGGACAUAGGGGGAUUUGCAGGCAUUGCCGGGUGCUCCGGAAGUUUGAAAAUCCAUGAAAAACAGGUUGGGAUUCCCAAGGAAGAGGAUUUAGCUAGCUGGGGGCAUCAUCAUUCUCCAUCAUCUGUACCUGAUCUCAUACUUCAGGCUUCCGCUGGAGAUGAGGUUUCAUUUGUUUUUACAAAUCAAAUAGAGGGAAAACUUACCCCUAUUGAAUCAAAAGUGAGAGCAAAGAUAGAGGUGGUAGAACGCAAAGGCUUCUCUGUUUUAAAAAGAGGCCUCUCCUCACAAGCAGUGUUGCCAUGUAAGACCAAAGAAAUGUCUCCAGCAAUCCCUUUUAGUAAAGAUGCAAGAAGCUCAUUCAAUUUGAAUACUCUGCCUCAGCCACACACAAAACUAAUGCGAACUUUAGAAGGUAAAACUAAAAUCUCGCUGUCACGGAAAAGCUCAGCGAGUUUUCAAAACCCUUCAAAUCGGUUAUCUCCUGCUUGCACCAGUGAUGAUGAUUUUGUGUAGGUUUAAGUCAUUUUGCUAGCUCUUGUUUUUCUAGGCUUUUCCCCAAUUUAUCACAAAAUAGUCACAGUAAUCAUAUUUAGGCUGGGAUACACACUAUUUUCCCAUUGGAUACACAGAAUUCUCAUGAGCAACAGAAUGUUGUCUUACAGAAGGAAACAUGAAUAAAGUAAAUAAAUUCUUUGUUCUUUGGAUAAA